AUGGCUUCAGGCUCAGAAGUAGUAUCUACAAUUGUGAAGAACUGGAGAGAGCUUCCUCCUUCUUCGUAUUCCCUCAAGUUUCACAACUUCUCACAACUUAAGAAGUCGACGACGUGCUCUGAUGAUAGAUACCAAUCUCGUCCUUUCCCCUCGGGUGGAUAUAAUUGGAGACUGAUCGUAUACCCUAAAGGGAGCCGAAAGGAUGAUGGGAGUGGAUUUAUUUCCAUGUACGUGGAAAUAGAUAGCAAAAGCUUGAUCACACCACCAACAGAGGUUUUUGCGGAACUUCGUUUUUUUGUCUUCAACAGGAAAGAAAACAAGUACUUUACUAUUCAAGAUCUAGAAGUAAAGCGGUUCAAUGCCCUUAGAACUGUGUGGGGAUUGCAUCAAUUUCUUCCAUUGGAUACAUUCAAUGACACUAAAAAUGGAUAUAUCUUUGAGGGAGGUCAUUGUGAGUUUGGUGUUGAUGUCAUUGUUGCAUCACCCUUCACCAACUGGGAGAUCCCCUCUUUUGAUGAAAAACUCUUGGAGCCCAAGUUCUCUUGGUCUUUAAAGAAUUUUUCUGACUUAAAAGAGAAGUUUUACACCUCAGACUGUUUCUCAAUGGGAGGAAGAGAGUGGGAUUUAAUGCUUUAUCCGAAGGGUGUCUCUAGAGCAGAUGGCAAAUGGUUAUCUGUAUAUCUGGAAAUAGCUGCUAGUGAUACAUUAAAGGCAGAUGAGAAGAUUUAUGUGCAAGCAAUUUUGCGAGUUAUAGACCCACUUGGAUCCAAUCACAUCGAACGCCAGCUGAACCACUGGUACGAAGAACAAGGUUCUGGUUGGGGUUGGUACCAGCUUAUGUCUUUAGCUGAACUUCGAAAGGCUUACUUGGACAAGGAAGAUGCAUUGAACGUUGAGAUAGAAUUUAAAGUCGUUUCUGCGACCAAAUUCGCUCCUAAUGGUUUACAAUAUAUAUAUACAGCAUUAGAUUUUGACUUGGACGUGGUCACAAGUAGAAUGGGUUCACGUUCAGCAGUUUCUACAGUUAUGGAGAAGUGGAGAGAGCAUCCUCCUGCUUCGUAUUCCCUCAAGAUUCAAAGCUUCUCCCAACUAGAGAAAUCGACUGCCUUCUCUGAUCAUAAAUUCCAAUCUCGCAUAUUCUCGUCCGGUGGAUAUAAAUGGAGACUGGUCGUAUACCCGAAAGGAAACGAAAAGGACAAAGGGAAUGGAUUUAUUUCCAUGUACGUGGAAAUAGACAGCAAAAGCUUGAUGGUAUUCACACCACCAACAGAAAUUUUCGCCGAACUUCGCUUCUAUGUCUAUAACAAGAAAGAAAACAAGUACUUUACUAUUCAAGGUAACGUACUUCUCAUACUCUCUCCAUCUCUAUGUAUAUGUUUUAAUCAACAAUACCUUUUAACAUAUUCAGAUGUAGAAGUAAAGCGUUUCAAUGCCCUUAAAACUGUGUGGGGGUUGGGGCAAGUUCUUCCGUAUGAUACAUUCAAUAACCCUGAAAAUGGCUACGUUUUCGAGGGAGGUCAAUGUGAGUUUGGUGUUGAUGUCAUUGUUGCUCCACCCCUUACCAAUUGGGAAAUCCACUCUUUUAAUGAGAAACUCUCUCAUCCUAAGUUCUCUUGGGCUCUCAAGAAUUUUUCUGAGUUGAAAGAGAAUAAUUUGACAUCAGAUAUUUUUUCAAUGGGAGGGAGGAAAUGGGUUCUAAAGCUGUAUCCGAAGGGCGACUCUGAAGCUGAUGGUAAAUGGUUAUCUAUAUUUCUGGAAGUAGCUGCUAGUGAUGCACUAAAAACAGAUGAGAAGAUUUUCGUGCAAGCAAUCUUUAGAGUUCUAGACCCACUUGGAUCCAAUCACAUCGAAAGCCACAUGGACAACUGGUACGAAGAUGAAGGCUUUGGUUGGGGUUGGAGUAAGUUUAUGUCUUUAGCUGAACUUGGAAAGGAUUACUUGGACAACAAGGAACACGCGUUGAAUGUUGAGGUGGAAUUUAAAGUCGUUUCUGCUACCAAUUACUCCCAAGCAGUAGUGUAG